AUGACAACAGAUUCAACAUUAUCAUCAACUACAAAUCUAAAACCAAUCAUUGCUCUUGAUUGUGAUGGAGUUCUUUUGGAUUAUCAUGCAACUUUUGCACAAAUUUAUGAACAAACGUUUGGAAAAAAAUUAACAGUUGUUUCACCAAAUGCUCAUUAUGCUGAAAGAAAAUAUAAUGUCAAUUUUAAUGAUGAAGAAAAAGAAGAAUUUAAACAAGUAUGGAAUGAAUAUGGUUGGAGAAGAAUGCCAAUGCAUGAUGGAUCAUUAGAAGCAUGUCUUUUAUUACAUGAAGCUGGCUAUGAAUUAAUUUGUGUUACAGCAAUGUCUUCCGAUUUUAUUGAACAUCGAUUAGAAAAUUUUCGUUUACAUGGAUUUCCCAUUGAUAAAAUCAUUAGUUCUGGUUAUGAUAAAGAUAAUUUUAAUAAUAAUCCAAAAAGAAAAAUUAUUGAAGAUUUAAAUCCAGCUGUAUUUGUUGAUGAUUUAAGAAGAAAUUUUAAUAAUAUUCAAUGUGUUCAUACAAA